CCAGCUAAGCCGACAGAGCCAUUUGCCGCGAAAAGAGGCAGCAAAGCGCGGGAAAAACCGCGGAACCGCCUGCCCUUCGUGCGAGUGCGCCCUCCCCCCCCCCCCCGUCGUCCUUCAUCCUCGCGGCGGCGGCGGCGGAAGCAAGCCCCGAUGGCCCCGAGAGGCGGCCACGCGGCGGCGGCGGGGGUAAGCUCCGGGUCCGAGGACGACGACGAGGAGGCGGGGUUCUCCAGGAACUACUUCCUGGCCAAGGAGAAGGAGCCCUCCUCCGGCAAGAAGCGCGCUCGCGCCGCCGGCAAGCUCGCCGACCUCAACCUCGUCGACGAGCAGGUGCUGCGAGCUUCCCUCGCGGAGAUCCCCCCGAAGCACGAGAGCGAGGUGGAGGCUCUGACGAGAAGCUACAAGAACCAGUACAGCAACUGGCUGUUCGAGCUAAGAUGUGGGUUUAGUCUCCUGAUGUAUGGAUUUGGAUCGAAGAAGCUGUUGCUCGAGGAUUUUGCCUCCACGACCUUGACUGAUUUCACUGUCAUUGUGAUCAAUGGCUAUCUCCCGUCCAUCAACUUGAAGCAAGUCAUAGUUACAAUAGCUGAAAUAUUUUGGGAACAAACAAAACUUAAGAGAAAAUGCCAGACAGCAACAAGGCCCCAGUUACAAUCAUUUGGCUCCCAAUCAAUAGAUGAUAUUAUCUCCUUCCUAAAUAACCAGAUAUCUGACAAUGGAGAUGACAAUGUGUGCUUGCUUAUCCACAAUAUUGAUGGACCUGCCUUGCGUGAUGCUGAAUCACAGCAGUACCUAGCUCGACUUUCAUGCUGCCCGCAGGUCCAUGUUGUCGCAUCAGUAGAUCAUGUUAAUGCACCUUUGUUAUGGGACAAGAAGAUGGUGCACACACAGUUCAAGUGGAGCUGGUAUCAUGUCCCAACGUUUGCACCUUACAAAGUUGAAGGUGUGUUCUACCCUUUGAUUCUUGCCAGCGGCGGUUAUGCCCAAACCACGAAAACUGCCCUUGUUGUUCUGCAAAGCCUGACACCAAAUGCACAAAGUGUCUUCAGAGUUCUUGCUGAAUAUCAGCUGGCAAAUGAGAAGGAGGAAGGUAUGCAUUUCAGUAGUUUAUAUACCAAAUGCCGUGAGCGUUUUCUUGUUAGCAGUCAAGUGACGCUGAACUCCCACCUGACUGAAUUUAAAGAUCAUGAUCUGGUGAAGAUCAGAAAACACUCUGAUGGCCAAGAUUGUCUCCACAUUCCUCUUGUUUCUGAUGCGCUGGAGAAACUGCUUCAAGAAUUGGCCUGACCAGCUGGAUUUGAACUUGUUAAAUUUUCGAGCGAUCACCAUGGAAACAAUUCAGUUGUGUAUUCCAAUCUGUAACUGUAUAUGGAUUAUUCACCAUCUCAAUUUAUCAAACGGCUGGUUGUUUGAUGAAA